AUGACGUAUGUCCAAAAUGGCGCCCGCUCCCCGUCCGGCUCGCCCUCGAGAGCAACCAGACAAGAGGAAGUUGCUGGAAUCCGGGCAAAGUUCCCAAACAAGAUCACGGUGAUAGUGGAGCGCUACCCCAGAGAGAAGCUCCUGCCCCUGCUGGACAAAACCAAGUUCCUGGUUCUUCAGGAGCUGACCAUGACCCAGUUCCUCAGCAUCAUAUGGAGCCUCAUGGUCCUGAGGGCCACUGAAGGCUGAUAUUUGCUGGAGAACAAGAACUUGGUCAGCAUGCACAUGACCAUGGCAGAGACCUGCAGGGGCUACAAGGAGAAGGAUGGCUUCAUCUACAUGGCCUAUGCCUCCCAAGAGAUGUUUGGUUUCUUGGGGUCAGCAGCUCUCGGUGACUAUAUGGCCCUACAAUCCUCACUGGCAGAUGGGACUUCUCUGCCGUGA